AUGACUGAUAAUCAUAAGGGUUGGCACGAGCUGUUGGCUUAUGCCUUACUGGGAUACCGUACCACAGCCAGAACUUCAACAAGAGAAAUGCCAUAUUUGUUAGUCUAUGGGAAAGAAACAGUCAUACCUACUGAAGUUGAGAUACCUUCCCUGAGAAUCAUUCAGGAAGCGGAAUUGGACAAUGCCGAAUGGGUCCGAGCACGUUAUGAGCAAUUGGCAAUGAUUGAUGAGAAAAGGAUGGUUACUGUUUGUCACAGUCACUUGUACCGGCAAAGGAUGGCAAGAGCCUUCAACAAACGAGUCAAAACUAGACUUUUUCAGAUCGGGCAAUUGGUGCUCAAAAGGAUUUUUCCACACCAAGACGAAUAUAAAGGGAAGUUUUCUCCCAACUGGCAAGGGCCUUACGUAAUCCACAAAGUACUCUCCGAAUGA